GCUUAAGUAAUAAGGUUAAAUUAUUUCUUACUUGCUGCCUGCGUAACUACGGCGCGGCAUCAGUCUACUCCUUUUCAGUCGGAAUCGGCUUCAAGAUGUCUCUUGUGAUUCCUGACAAAUUUCAACACAUUCUUCGUGUUUUGAACACGAACAUCGAUGGAAGGCGUAAGGUGAUGUUCGCCCUCACUGCCAUCAAGGGUGUCGGUCGCCGGUUCUCCAACAUCGUGUGUAAGAAGGCCGAUGUGGACCUGAACAAGCGUGCUGGAGAACUUAGCGACGAGGAGGUGGAGAAGCUCAUCACCAUCAUGUCGAACCCCCGGCAGUACAAGAUCCCCGACUGGUUCCUCAACAGGCAGAAGGAUAUCAAGGACGGCAAAUACAGUCAAGUUACGUCCAACGCUCUCGAAAACAAGCUCCGUGAGGACCUCGAGAGGCUGAAGAAGAUCCGUGCCCACCGCGGUCUUCGACACUUCUGGGGCCUGCGUGUGAGGGGCCAGCACACAAAGACCACUGGCAGGAGGGGAAGGACUGUUGGUGUGUCCAAGAAGAAGAACUAGGCUGUUGCCAAAUAAAACAUUCACAGGCAA